GUACCGGUAUGGCCAACUAAUAGAAAUAAACAGCCACAGCCUCUUUUCCAAGUGGUUUUCAGAAAGUGGCAAGCUGGUGACCAAGAUGUUCCAGAAGAUCCAGGAUUUGAUUGAUGAUAAAGACGCCCUGGUGUUUGUGCUGAUUGACGAGGUGGAGAGUCUCACAGCCUCCCGCAAUGCCUGCAGGGCGGGAGCCGAGCCAUCAGAUGCCAUCCGCGUGGUCAACGCUGUCCUUACCCAGAUUGAUCAGAUUAAAAGGCAUUCCAACGUCGUGAUUCUGACAACGUCCAACAUCACUGAGAAGAUCGACGUGGCUUUCGUGGACAGGGCCGACAUCAAGCAGUACAUCGGGCCGCCCUCCGUGGCUGCCAUCUUCAAAAUCUACCUCUCGUGUUUGGAAGAGCUGAUGAAGUGCCAGAUCAUAUACCCUCGCCAGCAGCUGCUGACCCUCCGCGAGCUGGAGAUGAUCGGCUUCAUCGAGAACAACGUGUCAAAGCUGAGCCUCCUCCUGAGUGACAUCUCCAGGAAGAGCGAGGGCCUCAGCGGCCGGGUCCUGAGGAAGCUGCCCUUCCUGGCUCACGCACUGUACGUCCAGGCCCCCACCGUCACCAUAGAGGGGUUCCUCCAGGCCCUGUCCCUGGCAGUGGACAAGCAGUUUGAAGAGAGACAGAAGCUGUCGGCCUGCGUCUGA